AUGUCGCCAGAGAAGGAGGCUGCUUUUCACACGGCAGUGCCAACUCUCACAGCCCCCGAGGAGCCCACAACAGCAGCGCCAGAUUCAACACGCCCACCGCCCAAUGACCGCCUAAGCAUCCCCUUCAACUGGCGACUGCCACUCACCACCGUCCUUGCCUCCUUCGCCGGCUUUGGUCUGGGUCUCACUCAUGGUGGUCAACUCUCUGGUCUUCGUUUCCGCGCUGAGAAUGCCCACCGUUUACCCACCUCUCAAGUCGGCUGGUACCUCUACCACAAAUCUAAAAACUACCACAUCAUGCUGGGCGGCAUCAAAGAAGGUUUCCGCAUGGGUGCACGCCUCUCAUUCUGGACCGCCAUCUUCUUCGUCUUCGAGGAGGCUGUCGACAGAUUCAGAGGUGCCGUCGUAAGGAACUUGGUCGGCUUCAAAGAACGCAGAAGAGAAGAAAGACAAAGAAGACUAUUUGGCGAUGAUGUCUACGAGACUCCUGCCGAACAAGCACUGGGAUUGGAACACUUGCACAAUGAAAGAGGCGUCUGGGUGCAGAGAGACUUCAUGAGCACUGUCGUUGCUGCUAUGGGCACUGCUGGCGGCUUCAGCGCUUGGAAUCGCUUCCCCGUUCAGACUGCCGCAAGAACUGCUACCAUGGGCUUGAAGUUUGGUCUUGUCUUUGGUCUCAUGCAGGACGCUCUCAGUGUGGCUAGGGGAAGACGAGUUGGCUACGUCGAGUUCGUCAGGCGACAGCUCUUCGGCGCAAGAGAGGAAUCGCAAAACAAAGUCCUGGCCUCGCCCAUCUGA